AUGGUGCGAACCCUGACGCGGGGCACAAUCGAAAGGUGUUGGGCUGGCCACGGCUUCACGCGAUCGCACAGGUGGGCCACCAGCCGCAUCUUGUCAGGGCACCAGCACUACGUCUCCACCGUCAUCGCCCUUCCUCCCGGCAGCUCGCAACUGGAGAAGGGAGGGCUGGCGUCGGGUGGUAACGAUGGAGUAAUCAACAUUUGGGACCUCGACGCUCCUGCGGAUCCGGUCAUGACGCUGGUGGGCCACGAGAAGCCCGUCGUCGCCCUCGCCGCCGCGCCCAACGGCCUCCUCGUCUCUGGCAGCUGGGACUUCACAGCGCAAUGUGUGCACGAGCUGCGCGGACACACCCAGGCUGUGUGGGCCGUGCUCGCCCUCUCUGCCACCGACGUACUCACUGCGUCGGCCGAUAAAACCAUCAAGCUGUGGCGCGACGGCAAAUGCAUUCACACCUACGAGGGUCACUCCGACGCCGUCCGAGCCCUGCAGGCCAUCGAGGGCGUCGGCUUCCUCUCCGGUUCCAACGAUGGGUCGUUGCGAGUGUGGACGCUGAGCGGCGAGUGCGUGGGCGAAUACUACGGACACGCGUCCUUCGUGUUCGCCGUGGCGGCGGUGCCCGGAACCAACCUCAUCGCCUCGGCCAGCGAGGAUCACACCGUCAAGCUCUGGCACCAGGGCAAGUGCGUACAGACGUUGCAGCACCCGACGACGGUCUGGUCGGUGGCCGGGCUGGAGAAUGGAGACGUCGUGACGGGCUGUGCUGACGGCAUCGCCCGCGUGUGGUCUGCCCGACCCGAGGCCGCCCUCCCCGCCGAUCAGCUCGCCGCCUAUCAGGCCAAGGUCACCAACGUGCCCAUCGCUAAGUCUUACUUGACCUAUUCAAAAAGGGGAUCGAUCGGCGAUCUGAAUGUGGAGAAGUUGCCCGGACGAGAGGCCCUGGAGACGCCGGGGCGCACCGAGGGCGACCGGCUGAUGGUGCGGAACGGGAACACGGUCGAGGUCUACUUGUGGGACUCGGCCCAGUCGCAGUGGACCAAGUUCGGCGAGGUCGUCGACGCCGCGAGCACCCCCGCCAAGUCCCUCCAGGACGGCCGCGAGUACGACUACGUGUUCGACGUCGAUCUCGGGGACGGCCUGCCGGCUCGCAAGCUGGGCUACAACGCCACCGAUAACCCAUGGACGGCGGCGCAGCAGUUCCUGUGGCGCGAGGAGCUGCCACAGGACUACCUGGACCAGGUGGCCAACUUCAUCAUCACCAACUCGACCCCGGUCACUCUCGGACAGGGCUCCGCGGGACCCACCUACCAGGACCCGUUCACCGGGGGCAACCGGUACGUGCCGGGCAGCUCGACGUCGACCCAGAGCGGCGCCGGACUCGAUCCGUUCACGGGUGCUUCGAGCUACCGCAGCUCAUCCGCCCCGGCGCCCGCGCCUCCCGCGCCCACCACACUCUCGACCACGAACGGCAGCUCGACCGCGCCUUCGCCCUACGUCCACUUCCCCAACCGCGCCAUGGUGUACUUCGACCAGUCCAACUUCGACGGCAUUUCCAAGAAGCUCAACGAGUUCUCCGCCCAACUCGCCUCCUCCGGCAGCGAUCAGGCGGGCAAGGCCCUGUCGGCCGAUGGGAGGGACGCGGGGCUGGUGGAUUCGUUGAUCCGCACGCUCAAGGACACCUCGCGCUACCACGCCACCACCUUCGCCUCCGACGAACUCCGCGUGGUGAGUAAGCUGCUCACCUGGCCCGCGCCCAUGCGCUUCCCCGUGCUGGACUUGGUGAGGAGCAUGGCGGUUCAUCAGAGCGGUGCGGCCUACUUUGCCCAGCCCGCGGUGUGGAAUGUGCUCGAGGGGGUCCUCCUGGAGAGCCUCAAGGACACCGCCGUGGUGCCCAACCAAAUGCUCGCCCUCCGCGUGCUCGCCAACCUCUUUCACUUCACCAACACGCGAACUUUGGUCGUCGGUCGGGCAGAGGUCCUGCUCGAAGCUGCGGCCGACACCGCGCGUUCGGCCAACAAGAACGUGCGCCUGUCCCUCAUCACGCUCCUCCUCAACUUUGCGGUGCACCUGCUGGGCCAGCCUCAGGGCAAUGCGGCCGACGUCAAGCUGCAGGCCGUGUCGAUCAUUGCCGAGAUGUUGGGCGCUGAGGCCGAGGACGAGGAGGUGCUGUAUCGGGUGCUGGUCACGCUGGGCACCCUCGUCACCAGCGACGCCGCCACGGCGGGCCUGGCCAAGGACCUCGACAUCCCCGCCAGCCUCCACCGACUCGCCUCCGCUGCGACCACCGGCCAAGCUCUCAAGUCGCGCGCCGCCGCCGCCGAGCUCUCCACCUGCCUGCAGGAUGUGAGAGCACAUUGUUCCAGCUAA